GCAAACGAUGUGGUGAAGAACAAACAUAACACAACAUAUUAACCUCUAAAGACUUCAACUAUCAUCUUAGUGCACUGAACUCCAUUUGAAAGUCAUUAAUGGAAAAAUUUCAGCUGCUACGUGUAUUGAUGCUGUGUCUGCUGGCUGUCCACCAGUGCCUGGCUAUGCCACUGCAGAGCCAUUGUAUCGACGAAGCAAUCUGUACAUACAGCUUGCAGGAUUACUACGGCCAGAUGGUCACUAUACCCAGCCACAUCAAUGAGCGCAGUAUUGCCCCCUGGAAUUAUAUUGAGAACAUCGACUUGAACCGGGUACCUCAGGUUAUUCAUGAAGCCAGCUGCCACACAAGCCAUUCCUGCAGAGGGCUCGACAAUGCUUUUGGUCUAGAGACCAUACCUGUAUCUCUACGGAUGCCUGUCCUCAAGAAGAACCCCAGCUGUUUGCCGACAGCGAGCUACUCUCUGGAGUUUGAACUCAUCACCAUAGCAUGUAUAUGUGUUAUUUCCAGGCACAGCUGA